AAAAAAUAACAAAUUAGAAUAUAAAAAUAAUUUUAAAGAACUACUGCUUAGUGCUUACUUUCAAUUUGUAUACGUUCAGUUAACGAUUGCGUUUUGUAUUGUACUGUAAAUUGCAUUAAAAUUUAAAACAGGAGAGUAAGUGAAAAUAAUAUGUAACGUCAAAAAUGUUUUUACUUGCGAUUUAUUCAAGUUAUCAUUUUGCGAACAAAACUAGGCUUCCGCGUGUAAAAAUGUUUUAUGCUGCUAUAUUACGAUUCAUUCGGAGGCCCUUGGUACUUGGAAUCAUAUUUGCUUCAUCAUUAACUUACUGUAUUGUUAGUUUUCUCAAAGAGGGUAACAACAAAAAUAUGAUAUAUCAAGACGUCUCAGUUCAACAUAAGCCAUUUGUUUGGCGUACUCUACAAGAGCAUAAUGAAACAACUGAUGUUGAUUGUAGAAAUUCUGUUCAAGGCAGAGCAUUAAUUGUUGAUGAUAGAGGAUAUGUUUGCCGAAGAAAUGAUAUAGGGCAAAAUGGUUGUUGUGUGAUUGACACAGAUGAAACAACACGAUAUAGUUGUCAAUCUUGUAACGAGGAUCACUGCUGUAUCAUUUAUGAAUACUGUGUUUCAUGUUGUCUUGAUCCUAAAAAGCGUAACCUGCUUCAAGUUGUGUUAUCUAAAUUAACUGCAGAGGAGCAUGUUUUGGUGCAUUCUCUUGCUGAUGAUUACGAACUGUGUCUUACAAAAUGUAGGACAAGCUCCCAUAGUGUAUUGCAUGAGAAUUCAUAUAAAAACCCAGGUCACAAGCAUUGUUUUGCUGAUAAUCAAUUGGUUUCAAAAGAUUCCUAGCAGAGGUAUUAUCAUAGAAUACAAUGGACACAAGAAUAGUAUCUAUUAAU